AUGGCUUGCAAUCUUGUUGACUUUUUCGAACAGAUGAGUAAGUUGCUGCAGCAACUUCAGCACUUGUUUGACAGUUGCAGACAUUUGCUGAGAGAGGAAGUACAGAGCCAAGAAGCAGUAGAUACAAAUGAACAAAGUGAAGGAGAAUUAGAAGCUGAAGAAACUGCUGAUGGAGUAGAUGGAUUGGAUGAAGAUGAUGAAAAGAACAGUGCUUCCGAAAAUACAGUUCACUUGUCGACGUUCAUAGCUGAAUUAAGAACAAAGAAGAGAAAUAGUGUGAAUGCCAAUUUAAUUGCAGAAUCUUCUAAUAGAUUGGACACAGAUCAUAACAGGACUUCCAUUGCUGAGGUCGUCAAGGUUUUCAGUAUUGACAAGUAUGCCGUGAGGAUGCCGUUGAAUGAAAAUAAUGAUUUGACCGUUGAUCUUACGGUCAAAUCAGGCAUGGGCAAGAACUUUGAUAUGUUUAGGCUAAUUCUUAAAAAGCAGGGGUUGGAGGAUUUCUUUAGGAAAAGCUGUUUUGGGGUGUAUUUGGAUCUGCCUGAAGAGACCGGUGCACGGUUUCAAAUGAAAAUGGUAUAUGGGCUUAUGAAGCGUAGAAUUCUUUCGGAUGCAAAGGAUGAGCUUUGGAUUAAUUACUGUGGCAUGCCGGUGUGCUUUGGCUUGAAAGAGUUUGCCAUAGUUACUGGCCUUAGAUGUCAUCCUUGUGAGCUUCCUACUGUUGUAUUGAAUAAGCCAGCCCGGACUAGCAAGACAGCCAAAGAAGCCAAGAAAGUAGGAAAGGGUGGAAAAGAUAAGAGUGAAACUGGUUUGGUGGAGUUAGUUGGAAAAAGCUACAAAGGAGAUAAGCUGCUUGUAGAUUUGCAGUCCAAAACCAUGUCAAAAAAGCAUAAGCAGUCCUUGUGUUUAGUUUGGUUUGUGCACUGUGUUCUUAUGGCAAAAGAUACAAGUCUGAACAUACCACUUGGUUUGCUUAAACUUGCGGAGGACUAUGAGGCAUUCAACAACCAUGGAUGGGGCCGGGAAAGCUUCAAGUUGACUGUUGACUAUUUAUCGAAAGAGCUUAAGCCAACAGUGAAGACAGUCAAUCUAUAUGGCUUCCCUUGGGCUUUCAUGGCUUGGGCAUUUGAAGCCAUUCCUCACCUCCGACAACAAGUGAAGGACUACCCUUCAGAAGUGUCUUUUCCAAGAAUGCUUAGAUGGCUGACUGCAAAGAGCAACACAAGAUUGAGUGUUGAUCUUUUUAACCCUCCUUUGGAAGAGGUUGUGCACCCGUGGCUUGUCCCGACAGUACGGGAGUUGGAGAUGCCAUUCCUUGCUUCCUUUGAGCCCUUACAAUCUGUUCCUGAUAAAAUGAUUGAGGGGAUGAAAUUAGAAUUGGCUGGAGUGACAGCCAUCAAAAGGGAAUCAGUUGUGGUAGAUGUUGGUGGUGUUAUUGCUGGGGGUCAACCUACUGUUGAUAACGUUGCGGCAUAAAUUGCCGGUGAAAAAAUAAUAGAUGAUGAUGUUGAUUUUGGUAGACAAACUCCAAUUGGUGGUGUUGUUAGUGGACAAACUGCAAUUGGUGGUGAUGUCGGUGGACAAACUCCAAUUGAUGGAGAUGUUAGUUGUGGCGGAUUUGGUGGUAGAUUUUCCUUUGUUGGUGCUGACACAUCGAAAUGUGCUUGUGAAUGCACCUAUUGCAAGCGGCGAAUGGAUGAUUUGAUAAAAAAAUGUUGAGGAGAUGGUGAAGGCACAAAAAGACACAAAUUCUGCUUUACAGAGUUUGUUAUCCAAGAGGGGUGUCAA